AUGAAAAUCAUCAUCGUCUUGGAAUUAUUAACGUUAGGAUUAGCGCUCAACCAAGACUACAACUACGGGGGUUCGCCUCUCUUGGCCAUUCAAACAUUUUCAGCACCCCAUCAAGCGCCUUUUUCCUUACCGGUCCGCCGUGGAGACAGCAGACUGAAACUGAUAGCGUUGAGCGAGCAGCGCGACGCAUUGAAGGAAGAUUUGAGUCUUUUGUUCACAGAGCAUCGACUGAGCAAGAGCAAAGCCCCGACUCUGUCGGCUCUGAAGGACAGUGGUUUGCGAGUAUAA